UUGGUCAAUAUCUUCUUCGGGAGCCCAUAACAAAAUGUGCCAGCGUCCGAGUUGUCCACCUCCAAAAUCCAGCUGUCCGCCCAAGCCAUCUCCGCCGCCAUGCAGGCCCGGGCCAACUCUCUGGACCAAGCUCAACUGCCUGCCCUGCAACCGACUGUUCUUCUUUGUGGUCGGCGUCGGCAUUGGGCUGUACUACGACCAGAUGAAGCAGGGAAUGAAAGAUGCACAGGAAGAUUCGGCCAAGCAGGCUCAGAAGACGCCCAAAGAGCUAGAGAAAGAGAAAAAGGAACGCGAGAAGAAGGAGAAGGAGCGGAAGGAAAAGGAGAAGAAAGAGAAGGCUCAGCAAGAGAAGGAGCGCAAAGAGAAGGAGAAAAAGGAAAACAAAUGA